AUGACAGUCAUUACCACAAGCGACCGCGUAAGCGGUGGCUGGCUUAUUGCGCUGGUAACAUUAGUCGACGCCAUGUCUGCGAUGUGGUUCGGCUAUUGCCAGGGUGUCUUUGCUGGUGUCCUUGUAUCGGACGACUUCCUAAAGCUAUUUCCACAGACUAGUAAUGCCAACAUAUCAGGAAUAGUUACAAGCUGUUUUCUCCUUGGAGCGUUUUUCGGGGCCAUCCUCGCAUUUGUGCUGGGUGAUAAGCUCGGUCGGAAGAAAACGAUUAUGCUUGGCCACACGCUCAAUUUCACUGGCGCAUUGCUGCAAUGUCUCUCCUGGUCCUUGCCGCAGAUGAUUAUCGGUCGACUUGUCAAUGGCUUUGGCAUGGGCAUGACUAGCACCAUGUCGCCUGUAUAUCUAGCCGAGUGCGCGCGAUCACAUAUGCGCGGCCGCCUUCUUGUCAUUGGCGCCAGCUCCAACGUGACCAGUUUUUGCAUUGCCAAUUGGAUCUCUUACGGUCUUUACUAUCAGUCCGGGCCACUACAAUGGCGCUUUCCACUGGGUUUCCAAUUGAUAUUCGCAUUCAUUUUGGUGCCGAUUCUCUUCUUCACUCCAGAGAGCCCGAGGUGGUUACUCCUUGUCGGCAUGGAUGAUGACGCCCUUCAGGUGAUUGCUAGACUGGCAAAUGUAGCAAGCAACGAUGCGACAGCAACCGCAGAAUAUCGGAGCAUCAAAGAAGCCAUUCGACUGGAGCGUGAGAGCCGGGUGCCCAUCAUGGAUGUUUUAUGCCACCGCGAUAAGACUCAGAAUUUCAGAAGACUCAUCCUCAGUUGUGGUGCUCAAUUCAUGCAGCAGUUCUCGGGUAUCAAUGCUUUAGGCUUCUAUCUUCCGACUUUACUGCAGCAGAAUAUUGGAUUUGAUAACAGAAUGAGUCGUCUGCUCACGGCCAUCAUCGGCACCAUAUACUUUCUGUCUGCAUUCGGUAGCAUUGCAGUCAUUGACCAUAUUGGGCGGCGCAGGCAAACUAAUGUUGAUCGGUUCCGUUCUAACCGCCAUCUGUCACCUCGUCGCAUCGCUCUGUCUGAGGGCUGGCACUAUAUGGGCAAUGUCGCCGUCGCCAUGUUCGUCCUCUAUCAUGUCUUCUUUGCCCCUACUUGGGGAGGUGUACCCUGGGUUUAUGCUGCUGAAGUCAAUUCUCUCGGCUGGAGAACUCGAGGCGCCGCUGCCGCAACUGCCACCAACUGGAUCAUGGCAUUCGUUGUGGUACAAAUCACUAAAAUUGGACUCGAUAAUUUGGGAUGGGCAUUUUACUUGAUAUUCGCUGUAUCGACUUUCAGCUACGUCCCGGUCGUAUUCUGCUUUUAUCCCGAGACAAGUUCAAGAAGCCUUGAAGAUAUGAAUGAUUUGUUUAUUAGAAACCCCAGCGUGUUUGUGUGCGGCAAAAAGGAAAUGACGCAGUGUGCAAGACCUAUGGCCUUGAUUGAGGCGGAACAAUCGCGCAUUGCCAGGGCCGAAGAUGCCCAAAUGCGUCAGACACUGGGAUAA